AUGACAACAACGACCACGGCACCGGCGUUGCCAACGCCCAUUCAUGAUGGCUUUGGGAAGAGUGUUCCAUAUGAGAAGAGUGUUCCCAGAACAGUCAAUCCUUUCUCGAACCGUGUCCCCGGACGAGAAAUCAUCACGAUCCCCAACUUUACACUCGAAUCCGGUGUUGAGAUGCGAAAUGUUCCUGUUGCAUACAUGAGCUGGGGCAAGCUAUCACCAAAGGCCAACAAUGUCAUGAUCAUUUGCCAUGCGUUGUCCGGAAGUGCAGAUGUCAGCGACUGGUGGGGUCCGCUCCUUGGACCUGGAAAGGCAUUCGAUACAGACAAGUUCUUCGUCAUCUGUAUGAACAGCCUGGGAAGUCCAUAUGGAACUGCCAGUCCUGUGACAGCCAAGAACGGGGACUACUCUGAGGGAUGGUACGGAGCUGACUUCCCAUCAACAACUAUCCGAGACGAUGUUCGACUUCAUAAGUUGGUUCUAGACAAGCUUGGGGUUCGUAAAGUCGCAGCUGUGAUUGGGGGUUCUAUGGGCGGCAUGCAUGUUCUUGAAUGGGCCUUCCUUGGAAAAGACUAUGUUCGAUGCAUUGUACCAGCUGCAACAUCCAGUCAUCAGAGUGCAUGGGCAAUUGGUUGGGGAGAAGCACAGCGCCAUGCCAUCCGAAGUGAUGUCAAGUACAAGAAUGGCCGUUACGGGUUCGACGAUCCUCCUAUUCUUGGUCUAGAAGCAGCUCGUAUGACGGCACUAUUGACGUAUCGAAGUCGAGAUUCCCUAGAGAGGAGGUUUGGGCGUGAUACAGGGAACAAGAAAAAGACACAGAAUCAAGAUAGCAAGACAUUACCAAGCAGCGGGACACUUGUUCACAGCCAAGGAGGGGCAGACGAAACCCCUGUAGCCUUCGACCGCGCCGACUCCAACUUCGCCGCACAAUCCUACCUCCGCUACCAAGCGAAGAAGUUUUCCGACCGCUUCGACAGCAACUGUUACAUCGCCCUCACCAACAAACUCGACACCCAUGAUUUGGCCCGCGGUCGAACACGGACUGUUAGUGAAGCGUUGUCACUCAUUGAGCAACCUACGCUGGUAUUGGGCAUUCGGAGCGAUGGGCUGUAUACGCUUGCUGAACAAGAGCAGAUUGCAAGAGCUGUGCCAAAUGCCAAGUUGAGGGAGAUACUAGUGACUUGCCUGGCCUGGUCCUCGCUUUCUCGAUUGGACGAGGGUCGGCAAACACAUGAGAUACCAAUAAAACCUCGUCAUCUUCUUCCCUCUCCCUGUGCUUCGAGUCCGCCAAUUCCCUUGUCUCUGUCACUGUGAAUUCGGACACGCAUAGUAUCCUAGUAGACUGGCUAUCGUCUUGAAGCAAAUCGUCCUGUAUAUGGCGUCUGUUUUGAAGUUCGAUAUCGUGGUAACGAGUGGAAGUGCUCUGCUCAGGUAGCUGAUUGGCAGCAUAUGACUUUCUCGAGCGAUUGUAGCUGGACAUUGACGGAAGAUACCGUGAAACGAAAGGUCGCAGUGUUGGGACGCAAGCGCAUAGCAGCCCGCAACAAAGUUCAGUGAACGACCAACACGCUGGCUCGACGUUUACCCAGGUAAGGUCUUCUUGGAUAUCAAGAUAACCCAU